AUGGAUGGUAAAAGCAUGCAUGACAUAGAACCUUUACAACAGAUAAGUGCAUGCUUAUACAAUUAUCUCCUAGAAUCAUAUCACGUCAUUUAUAUGGAGCAUGGGAUCCCACUAGAGGAGGCCCCAUCAUAUGUUAGGUGUGUACUUGGUAGACCGGUUGCCUCUAUCAGUGGUUGUGAGCAUACACAUUCUCAACCUACUGCUGAUGCACAUCCUACUACCCUGCCCCAGCAUAUAGAAGUUGGUCAGGACACACCUCCUACUCCUAUUUAUACAUCAGUUGAUCGGGCCACAAUACCAGGUACCGAAUUUUUGGGGAUGUUCACUACCAUGCUUACGGAGCCAGAAACUGAGGGGGAUCAUGUUGCAGUGGGCUCCUUGCAUGAUUCUAACAUCACUAGGAUUAGACAAGCCUUACAUGUUGGAGGAGAGGGUAUCACGUUAGGGUUGAUGUAUAGAGAUUUGGAUGUUGUCACUGACCAAGGUGUUCACCAAGAGACACAGGAUGAGAAAGAAUUGCACAAGAUGAACCAUUCAUCUCACAAAUGUUCUAGAGUCCAGCAUGCGCGCGAUGGAGGUGUUAGAGACCCCAAGCUCCUACUAUGUAGAGAGAUAGUUUCCCGAGAGAGUGAUGAGAUAGGGGUUGUCGAGCAGUUCAGGGGAGUAUGCACGGAUCCUUCUGAGCCCAUACCACCUUUUGAGAAUGACAGGAGACAUCGAUGGAGGAGGAGAGGAGGCAGGGGUGUAGAAGGAGGUGGUGGUGGAGGAGGAGAUGGAGGUGGUGGAGGAGGUUUUAGUGGAGUAGGAGGAGGUGGAGGGGGUGGGGGAGGUGGAUUUGGUGGUGGUGGUGGAUUUGGAGGUGAUGGUGGUGGAGGACAAUGA